GGCAGGGGGCGCCGGCGCCCUGGAUUUGACGGAGUUUGCGGUGAUUUGUGCAGAGGAAGACGGCGGCAGGAGCAGCCCGUUCUCCCCGCUGGGCUUCAGAAAGGUGUCUCCCUGGCUACCGCUGUGCUCCGCGGUCAGUCUGCCCCAGCACGCCCGCUCCGCUCUGCGCCGGGUCCCGGUACCGAACGUCCCCCGGUGUUAGCAGCUGCUGUCCUCAGCCAUGGCGACGAGCGCGAAGCGUAAGCAGGAGGAGACUCACCUAAAGAUGCUCCGAGAAAUGACGAGCCUGCCUGCGAACAGAAAAUGCUUCGACUGCGACCAGCGCGGCCCGACCUAUGUCAACAUGACGGUGGGCUCGUUCGUCUGCACCACCUGCUCCGGGAUCCUGCGAGGGCUGAACCCCCCACACAGAGUCAAGUCCAUCUCCAUGACCACGUUCACGCAGCAGGAAAUCGAGUUUCUACAGAAACACAGCAACGAGGUCUGUAAACAAAUCUGGCUGGGCCUUUAUGACGACAGGACAUUAGUUGUUCCAGAUUUCCGAGAACCACAGAAAGUAAAGGAAUUUCUUCAAGAAAAAUAUGAAAAGAAGAGAUGGUACGUUCCUCCAGACCAGGCCAAGACUGUUGCAAGUGUUCAUGGUCCCUCCAUGAACAGCACUGGCAGCCCCCCCGAAGUGCACCCCCUGAAAAGCCUGCAGCUCAACAAGACACCUCUGCGUCAGUCUCCAGGUCUGAGCCGCUCCCAGGCCCUCGCUGCUGCUCAGGACAAGAAGUUCGAUCUGCUCUCAGACCUGGGGGGGGACAUUUUUGCUGCUCCCCCAACCCAGACGGUCGGCUCCACCAACUUUGCCAACUUUGCACAGUUUCCGAGCCAGUCAGCACCUCAGGAUCAGUUAAAUACCAACUUUGCCAAUUUUGAAGCUUUUGGGAACUCUGCAAUUCCAUCCCAUCUGAGCCCCUCACCCCCCCUCUCAUCAGGUGGAGGGGUUCCUGUUCCGUCCGUGUGCAGCGCCGUUCCCGCUCAGUCCAGGACGGGGGCGUGCACGGAGGACCGCUACGCUGCGCUGGCCGAGUUGGACAACGAGCUCAGCUCCUCUGCAGUGAGCGGCAGCAGCGUGAAGGGGAACAUAUUUGGACCCGUGCUUGGUUCGUCUCCAGCUCAGAACCCGCCUGUGUUACCCAGCAUUCCGUCUGGUUUUGCAGCAGUGCCGUCCACAAACCCGUUUGUUGCCACGGCGAUGGCUCCAGACAUGGCGACUAACCCUUUCCAACCCAACGGUAGGGCUCCCCCUGCAGCUCCCUUCGGUACCGGCUCUAUGAGCAUGCCCACUGGCUUUGGGAAUGCGUCUUCAUACUGCCUCCCGACCAGCUUCAGCGGAAACUUCCAGCAGCAGUUCCCUGGCCAGGCCCCCCUCCCUUACGCUCAGCCCGGGGCCUACCACCCUCAGGCUAACG